CUGCCUGAUUGCGGUGGCUUCUUUUGCAGCCCAAACUCAGAUUAUAGCAGGGACGCGGCGGAGCCGGGGUGCUGUUAGAGACAUAACAGCCGGCAAUUUAUACAAUCUUUUCGAGCAACAGCUUUGCCAGAGAGUUUUUGUCUCUCUUUUAAGAAUAAUUCUGUAUUUGAACUAAUACGCAAGCAUGAGCUGGCAAUCCUACGUGGACAACCUAAUGGCCGAUGGCAGCUGCCAGGACGCCGCCAUUGUUGGGUACGCUGACGCUAAAUACGUCUGGGCAUCACACCCCAACGGUGAAUUCGCCAACAUAACGCCCACAGAAAUCGACAUCCUCGUAGGCAAAGACAGAGAGGGGUUCUUCACCAAUGGUAUGACAUUAGGAAACAAGAAGUGCUCCGUCAUCAGGGACAGCCUCAACAUAGAUGGGGACUGGACAAUGGACAUCAGGACGAAGAGUCAAGGAGGAGAGCCAACAUACAAUGUUUCUGUAGGCAAAGCGGGCAAAGCAUUGGUUUUAGUCAUGGGAAAGGAGGGUAUCCAUGGAGGGCAACUCAACAAGAAAGCGUAUACCAUGGCUGACUACCUGCGGAAGUCUGGAUAUUAAAGCGUUCUCUUCCCAUCCACCUUAGCAACUCAUUAUCACAACCUUGUUGCGUUUUGACACUACUUCCUGUUGUAGUUCAUAGUUGCUUCUUUUCCCCACCAAUUUUGUUCCCCUUUUGUUUUUUACUCUUUUUUUUUAUUUUUUAUUUUAUUAUUGGUAUUAUUUUUUUUUGUUGCCCCAAUCCUCCAUCCCCCUGGUUCAACACUACCCCUUCAUGUUCAUACAUUAACACUGUGUACCCUCUCUCACUCUACACUACUGCUGCACCAAGAUUGAGAGGCAUGUUAACAGGACAUUGACAACAUAUGUACUUUAUAUAGGAAAUUAGAAAAUGUGUAACUUAGCCAUUACUUAAUGUAUGACGACUUAGCAAAAGAAACUGCAAUACCCCUGAAAUUCAACUGACAUUUUGUUCAGUAUGCCCACGCCUGGUAGUUCAGUCAAUCUAAUGCCUUUUUUGAGCACUUGAGCAGUUACAAUGAAAAGAAGGAACAGCUCACGUGGUCUUCUGCUCUCAAGUUUCUCUGGGAGGGGAAAACUGCAUGCAUAUCUUCUGAACCUACUGAACUGCCUUUAUAACAGUUUUGCCCAUAUACCAUGUUUUUGUUUGUUCUAGUUGUCCCUUACUCUAGUUCCUUAAUCAUCCACCCUCACCAUGCCUUCCACAUUCUUUUUACAACACUAUUUUUCCAUUAUAGGUGACACUCCAACCCUUAAGAGGCUUAUCCUUGAUCACUACAAAGCAUUGAUAUUAUCUAACAGCCCUUUACCCUCUGUGAUACUACCUUGUAUGAUUUUUUUUUGGGGGGGUGGGGUGGGCGGGAGGGGGUGGAGUUGUUCCUGGGAUGCAGUCUGUUGAGCUAUUGGUCUGGCAUUUUUUGGUUCCCCUCUGGGUGUAAAUGGCAAAGCGUUGCGCUGAGAUGCAGGUAGAAAUUUCCUCAACAACCCUCUUCAGCACAUCCCUGAUGACCUAGAUCUCAUGGACAUUCCAUCAUUACAAUAGCUCAGGCACUUAUCUAUUGUUUGCCAGCUCCUGUAAUAUAUAUAUAUAUUUUUUUUUUCUUGAAUUUUAUUUUUAAAGCUGCCGUUCUGGACAGUAGGUUUGCCCCAGCAUAUAACCAUCUGGAUUGCGUCCAGUUUGAAUUUCAUUUUUCAUAGGACCAAGUUUUAGUUGCAGCUCGGGUUUGACACAUUUGCUCUAAAUUGUUGUGGAGGAAGACACGCUAGACCCCACCAUCAUUUUGACUCGAGAAAGCACCAUCAUAAAGACCACUGGUAUGCUGUGGAUGGCCCUGUAAUAGAAAACAAGUGGCAGUCUCCUCAUUUGUCAAUUUUUCAGAACAGAGUUUUUUUUUUUUUUUUUAGUAUUAUUAUUAAUUACUGCAUUUGUAAACCCAUGCUGUGUAAAAAAGAAACAAAAAAACUGUGGAAUAAAUUGCCUUCUAAAGUCAUGAACUAAAGAUGUGGUAUCACCCUGUCUGUCCUUGCUCGGUACUAAAUGUCAUGUCCAAAUGAAGACCCUUAUUAAAAAUGAUGGAAAAAGUAGAAUGACACUCAUUGAAUGGGAGAUGGGUUAUUGGUUGGAAUAAGCAUUUUUGGUUGUCUUGUUGACAUUUAAACACAAAAGACAAAAACAUUUACUGUGUAAUCUGUGCCAUAAUCUCAAGAUCUGUUGCUAUUGUGGAGCUGGUUUUAGGUCUAGUCCAGAGAAAGGAGUCGUCUUAGCACUUGGUUAAGAAUGUUUUAGCAGAAAUCUAGAAUGUUCAGGCCUUGUGAAGUUCUGUGUACAGAUUGAAGGAGAAAAAGAAAACAAAGUAGUGCUUGUGUGCUGAUAUUCUUCAGUUGAUUUUCUUUUCCCUGCACCCUUUCUUCCUACUUGGAUACAAUCUAACAUGUCCAGAUGUCUGUCAUAUGCAUAAACCAAGAAAUGCCAUAAAAUUGAUUUUCACGUUGUUUACAGACAGAUCAAAUAAAUUUAUUCCAACCAGA